GUCUGUAGAGGACAGAGUUGCAGCUGCAGGGCAGAUCUUGGCCGAAAUGAACCCAAUUAAUGAGGCGUAUUUGAAGUUCAUGGCCUACGUCUUGGGAUUUUUCAACAAAAUGAACGCUCUGUUUCAGAGCAAAGAGAACCUCAUCGCUGUUAUGCAGCAAGAAAGCCUGAGGCUCAUUCGAUGCCUCUGCCAAAAUUUCAUGCGACCGGAAGCAAUUCAAGAUGUCGAGAAGCUCAACCCCAUGGAUCCGCGUUCUCUUCUUCCACUGGAGGAAGUAUAUCUCGGAGAGAGCUGCCAAGAGCUUCUUCAAAGCAUGGAAGGGGGGAGCUCGGAUAUCAAGCACCUGAGGCUGCGGUGUCUGGAGUUCUACCAGACGGCUGUCUUCGAGGUGAAGAAAAGGCUCCCAGUUUCCAGACCAUUCUACCACGAGGUACAAUUCGUCCAACCCAGCACAGCAUUGAGCUACGAAGCUCGUAAACAGCUGCCCGUGCUGCCAGUCCUGCAAAGGCGGUACACACACUUGUUGCCACGCGCCGAUGCUCUGCAAGGGGAAUGGCGAAUGCUGCCUUCUUUUUUCACUGAAUCCGAGAAGGCACUUCUGCGAGAAAAGCCCGCCGCUUCAUUCUGGGGCGAAAUGUCCAAGCUAAAAAACUUCGAAGGCAAGCCCGAAUUCGAAAACAUCGCUUGCCUGGCAAAGUUGGUGCUAACACUGCCGCACUCCAAUGCUGAAACGGAAAGAAUAUUUUCCCUACUGACAGACGUGAAGACGAGGAAAAGAAACCGCCUUGCUCCGGACAGCAUCAACGCAGUGCUUGUCGUGAAAUCUGGCAUGACUGCAAGGUCAGAGACGUGCACUAAUUUCAAGGUGGAAAAGAAGCACAUGAAGUUGUUCACCAGCGAAAUUUAUAAGGCGUAACGCAAGCAGACCAACUCGUCAUCAAAACUUUAUUCUCCCAU